AUGGACUACUCCCAAUUUCUCUCAGUAGUAAGUGCAGCAAGAGAGGAAAAUCUUAUAAAAGUUACAGGUAAUUUGGCACAGAAGAAACCCUCAGUAAUCAUGAUCUCUGGAGGCAUACCAAAUCCUAACUAUUUCCCAUUUAAAACAGCAAGUUUCACUCUUGAAGAUGGAACCACUAUUGAAAUUGGGGAGGCAUUGAUGAAGAGAGCCCUCCAGUAUUCCUCCACAGAAGGAAUUCCAGAGUUCUUGUCCUGGCUAAAGGAUUUACAGAUGAGUCUCCACAAUCCUCCCACUGCCAAGUACAGUCCUGAUCAGGGCCAAAUGGAGAUAUGUGUCACCCCUGGCAGCCAGGAAGGCUUGUCUAAAGUGUUUGAUAUGCUUGUCAAUCCUGGAGAUAAUGUCCUUUUAGAAGACCCCAGCUACUCAGGGACUCUGUCAGCACUGAAACCGCUGGGCUGUAACAUUAUCAAAGUCCCUACUGACAAGCACGGUAUUAUUCCAAAAGCUCUGAAAGAAAUUCUUUCCAGGUGGAGACCAGAAGACGCAAAAAAGCUGAACAACAAUCUCCCCAAGUUCCUCUACACCGUUCCAAAUGGUAGUAAUCCAGCUGGAACCUCAUUAACUGCUGACUGCAAGAAGAAGAUAUACCAGCUUGCAAGAUGUUAUGAUUUCCUUAUAAUAGAAGAUGAUCCAUAUUAUUUUCUUCAGUUUGAAAAGACUAAGGCACCAUCAUUUCUGUCAAUGGAUGUUGAUGGUCGAGUGAUCAGAUGUGACACUUUUUCUAAAAUUAUCUCUGCUGGGUUGAGAUUAGGCUUUUUAACAGGCCCCAAACCUCUUAUUGACAGAGUUAUUCUACAUAUGCAGAGUUCAACGACAGCCAGCACUUUCACACAGAUCCUAAUGUCAGAACUUCUUCACAAAUGGGGGCAAAAGGGUUUGCUGGAGCAUGUAGACAGGAUAAUGGAAUUCUACAGGACCCAGAGAGAUGCAAUGCUUGCAGCAGCAGACAAGUGGUUAAAAGGUUUGGCAGAGUGGAACAUCCCUACUGCUGGAAUGUUUUUAUGGAUUAAGAUUAAGGGAAUUUCCAAUUCAUACCAGAUGAUCAUGGAAAAUGCUUUGGAGAGAGGGGUGUCUUUGGUUCCUGGACAAUCGUUUAGCAUUGAUAGCUCAGCUCCUACUCCCUAUGUCAGAGCUUCCUAUUCUUUUGCUUCUCCAGACCAGAUGGACCAGGCUUUCCAGAAGCUGGCUGAGCUUAUAAAAGAAACUGUCUGA